GGAUGGGGGAAAAAUAACGCGUUCUUCUAGACACGACCUUUACUACCUUUACUGGCUGUCGUACUUUGACGUUAACGUAUUGACGUAACUUCCGGGCUUUCGAAGCAAUGAUGGCGACCUCCAUCUACUGUGGCCUGUGACAGUUCGACCGUUCAGAUCAACAAGCAGGGCGAGGUUAUCACUUUACAUUUCACCCUUGAGUAAAUUGCAUUACUUUUUUCUAGUGAACAUGAAUCUGCAUAAACUUACCUUACGAUUGCGUCCAACAUUAACACAGAAGUUCAGGCACCUCCACACCAGUAGCAGUGGCCAGCAGCUUGAGGCAGUUGCUGUGGAGACAGCAUCAGCAGAGCCAAAUGUACUCUCCAUCUUCAGAACUUCAGAGCAAGAUCCAGCACGCCACUCAGAACAACACAAUGGGCAGUUUUACACCCUCCCCCCAGGUCACAUCCACACACUCUUCCCUCAUGGACUGCCUCCUCGUUUCCAGUUGCAGGUGAAGACAUUUAAUGAAGGCUGUGUGAUGGUGAGACAGCCGUCGCUGGAGCUUAUUUCUUACCUUAAAAAAGCUGAUUAUAGCAAACCUGCCCUGCGUUACGUACUUUAUGGAUUGAAUGGCUCUGGAAAGACCAUGUCUUUGUGUCAUGCACUGCAUUACUGCUACACCCAGGGCUGGCUGAUCCUACACAUACCUGAUGCUCAUCUCUGGGUAAAGAACUGUAAAGAGUUGCUACCCUCUUCUUUCCGCCCCUCACGCUUCGACCAGCCAAUCCAGGCAUCCCAGUGGCUGAAGAAUUUCAAAGUCACUAAUGAGCGCUUUUUAUCCAAGAUAAAGACCACACAGCAUUAUGUGUGGACAAAGAGAGAAAGGACUGAGGAGGGACGGCCUUUAGGGGAGCUCGUUGAUCAGGGUGUAAAUCGUGUUAAAAGCAGUAGCGAUGUGGUGGGCGCACUUCUGCGAGAGCUGAAGCUGCAGGCAGGGGGUGACAAAGAGGGCGAGGGGGCCUUCAAACUGGCUGUGGCUGUUGAUGGAGUGAAUGCUCUGUGGGGCAAAACAUCUCUUAAGAAGGAGGACAGGACUGUGUGUGACCCAGAGGAACUGACUCUGAUCCAUAAUCUGAGGAAAUUGUUGAAAAACGAUUGGAGUGGAGGUGCCAUUCUCACAUCUUUGUCUCAGACAGGGUCUCUUUUCAAGCCACGAUCUGCUUACCUUCCUGUAGAGCUGUUAGGAGAGGAUGGGUUUGAUCAUAUGGAACCUUUUGUGCCAGUUUCUGUCUCCAGCUACAGUGAGAAAGAGUUUGAGAGCUGUUACCUGUACUAUUUAGACCGCAACUGGCUUCAGCAUCCACAGAGUCGAACAGAAGAAGGAAAGAAAGAACUCAUCUUUCUCAGCAACAAAAAUCCAUCCAUCCUUGAAAGAUUGUGUGCCUUCUUGUAGUGCACUUCUAUUCAGUUCUCUCUGUCUGUCUCUCAAACCUGUAAAUCGCUUGAAUUCUUCAAUACAUAUUAUAAGCAUGCAGCAUUUUCAUAAUAAAGUACUUGUUUAA